UGACGAGCCUAUCGAUUGAAUCUCCAUCAUCGAGAUGGGACGACUUCAAACUGUGGAGAUCAUGCUUGGAGCCACAUGCGGUUGAGCAUGACUCUCUGAGCUUUGUCAAAGAGCUCUCUCUGGCUUACUUGAUCAUCUCCAAGUCUCAAUUCUGAACCCUACAUGCAACCGAAUCCCAAGAGCCGGCCAUGACGAACGACGACUAAUCAUAAUCCCUCAACCGAGGAUGACAUGGAUCGACAGACCUAGUAGCAUAUAAGGACCCUUGAUGUCGAUAUCCCAUCAUUAUGAAAAAGCCAAGCUACUCGUAUACAAUUACACCCGAAAGACCAAGCAAUGGCAUCUCCCAACAAGCCCGUCGCCCUGAUCAUCGGCGCUUCGCGAGGCAUAGGCCGACAAAUCGCCAUCGACCUCGCGAAGAACAACUACACCGUAAUCAUCGCCGCCAAAUCCACCUCCCCACCUCCCACCACCACAGAUCCACAAAAGUUCCCCCCGGACCCCAACUCCCCAGCCUCAACCAUCACCACCGUCGCCCAAGAGAUCAACCUCCUUACCCCAAACACCGCCUACCCAAUCCCCGUGGACGUGCGCUUCCCGGCCCAGAUAGAUGACUUGGUUGCAAAAACCCUCCGCCUGACCGGCGGCCGGCUGGACGUCGUGGUGUACAACUCGGGCGCGAUCUGGUGGUCGUCCGUGGCCAACACCCCGGUCAAGCGGUUCCGGCUGAUGCAGCAGGUCAACCCGGAGGGGCUGUAUGCGACGGUCGCGGCGGUGCUGCCGGUGUUCGAGCGGAAUGGGAACCGCGGCCGGAUCGUGGUAGUCUCGCCGCCGGUGUACUCGCGGUUCUUCAGGGGGAAGACGGGGUAUGCGAUUGGGAAGGUCGGGAUGAGUGUGUUGACGCGCGGGCUGGCGAUGGAUUUUGUGAGAGAGGGGAAGACGGAGAUGGCUGUUACGAGUAUUUGGCCUGCUGCGGCUGUUCAAUCCGCUGCUACGGAGAUGAACCCCGCGGGGGAUGAUGAAUCACGCUCGAAAGCGGACUUGAGGAAGCCGACUAUCUUCUCCGAUGCAAUCCUCGGGAUCUUGAACACUCCCCCUCAUAUCGUCAACGGGAUGCUCGCGCUGGACGAGGAUUUCCUGCGCGAUCACUGCGGCGUCACGGAUUUCUCUAAGUACUCCGUCGUGCCGGGCACCAAUCCCCGACGGAUGAUGCCGAAGAAGUUGCCGGUGCUGGAGGUGGAGGAGCAGGAUGACGAGGGGGUGAGGAUGGACAGUGCGAAGAGUGGGGGGGCUACAUCUAAGUUAUGAUCGUUUGCUCAUAGCAGACUAAUUUUUUCAUACUCUCACUGGAUUGUGCGGGCUUGGGAUUUGCAGUAUUCAAGAAGCUUUGAAGCCGAUAUUAGCCCUACCAAAUGAGAGAAUAGGAAAAUAAAUUUUGGAAGACUACAUCAGAGAUAUGAGGUGUGAGCACCAGACUAGCACAUACAAACCUGUAUC